AUGGCUUGCACACCUUUACUAAGCGAGGAAGAUUUAUACAGAUUUCGUACAAAACAAUGUUUAAGACUAGCUAAAGGUUUAUGUGAAUUUGGAUUAGAUAGAUGUCAAUAUAGUCAUAGUACCGAAUGGAUAAGAAGGUGCCCAUAUUAUAUUUCUUUGCCGUCUUAUUUGAGAUAUAUUCCAGUAUCUUGUCCCUAUUUUAUCAAAAAUAACAAUGAAGAAGAAGAUAAGGAAAAAAGAGAUAAUAUUUUAAGAAAUUGCGUAUUUUUAACUAAUAAAGAUGGGAGUGUAAAUAAUAAAUUUUAUAAAUAUAUUGAAGAAACAAAUAUUAAUAAAUGUCCUUUGGGUGUUGAAUGUCCUUUAGCACAUAGUAUAGAUGAAAUUGAUUAUCAUCCUCUUGUAUAUAAAACUAAAAGAUGUGAAGAUUAUAAACAAGCUAAUUGCAAUAGAUAUUACUGCCCAAAUUUACAUGGAUUAGCUGAACAAAGAAAAAUAAAAGAAUAUUUUAUCCCAUUUUCUAAUAAGAUUGAUAUUCCUCCUUACCCUAAUGUCACUAUAGUUAAUAAAAUUCAAUAUGGAUCAUUCAAAGGGCAAAAUCAAAUUUUAAAUAAUAAAAAAAAAUUAUCACAAAACUUCAACUCAUCUUCACUUGAUUAUAGUUACUCAUAUAAUUUAAUAAAUGAAAAAACAAAUAAAAGUUUCGAUUUUAAAAGUAGUUCAAUCAAUUUACCAUAUCAAGAAAAUAAGAUAUUUGAAAAAAAUAUGAAUGAUGUUAAAAGAAAUACUACUCCCGCAUGUUAUGAUAGUUUAAUGUCUUAUGAAAGUACAUUAAAAAAAAAAAAAAAAAAAAAUUCUGUUUUUAGUUAUUUAAACAAUUUUGACAACAAAUAUACUUUAUAUUUACAUAUUUUAAAAAAAUUUCCUUAUCUGUUUGAUUUAAACAUAUCUGAUAUGAAUUCAAAUAACUCUUUAAGUUCAUUUAUUACAACAGAAUUAUCAGAUCAUUCAAUGUUAGAUAACGAAAAAGGUAAAUAUUGUGCAUCAGAUAUUAUAAGUAAUAAUAAUAGCUCAGAAAAUUGUAAUAAUGAAAGUAUUAAUGCAAACAAUUUAACAAAAAAUUCUCUAGACACAAAAGAUGAUACACUCGAAAAAAAAACUGAAAAAAUUUUUUUAAAUAAUACAUAUUAUGAUAUUUUAAAUCAUAUUUUUAUGAAAAAUUUAGAAAUUACUAAAGAAAAAAUAAAAUAUGAAAAUGACGUAGAAAUAAAUUUAAUAGAUACAUAUAAUUGUCCUAAUAGUCAAAGUGACGAUGCAGAUUAUGAAUUUUUUACUAAAUGUGCAAAUCAAACUAUUAACUCUCAAAAAAAAGUUGAAACAUAUGAUAGUUUUUUAAAUUUAUUAAGUUAUAUCUUGUGCCUCCUUUAUUUCACGACUAAUUCAAAUACUCAUUCAUCGUUCGAUAUGUAUGCACAUAAAUUAGCUAAGCAUUUACAUUGUGUAUGCAGAAAAAUGAAGGAUGCUGCCACAGCAAAUUACUAA